AUGAAGGGAGUAGUCUUUGCAAACGCCGGCGCCGAGCCCAAGAUCGUCGACGACCUUGAGAAGCCGUCUCCAGGUCCAGAUCAACUGCUGGUCAAGUCCAUCUGGGUAGCUAUCAACCCCGUUGACAGUUUCAUGGCCACCUAUGGUCUUCUCGUGGUCGACUGGCCUCUUGUGCUCGGCGUCGACGCAGCCGGGGUUGUGAUCGAGGCGGGGAGUGAGGCAGCAUCCAAAUAUGGAUUCAAAGCAGGGGAUCAUGUUUUCGGGUGCACCAGACUUGGUAUGUCGGGAUAUGCUGCUGGUCAAGAGUACUUCUUGAUGGACGCACCCGUCACCAUUCCCAAGCCAAAGAACAUCUCCCUGCUCGAGGCUGUCACGCUGGGAGUGGGCACCGAAACAGCUUGUUUGGCCUUGUUCGGCGAUCUCGGUGUCCCUCUCCCUGACCCGAAGAACCUACCUGCCCCCCGGGACGAAUGGAUCAUCAUCUUGGGAGGCGCCAGCAGUGUUGGCAAAUGUGCAAUCCAGCUGGCCAAGGCAAGUGGUUACAAAGUCGUUGCCUCUUGUUCAGCCAAGUCGGCAGCCGAGGUGAAGGGCUUGGGGGCUGUGACAUUCGACUACAAGAAGCCCAUUGAGGAACAGGUCAAGGAGGUCGUGGACAUAACCUCCGGCGAAAUUUCCCGGAUCUUUGAUGCCGUUGCGGCAGACGACCCAGUCACGGCCAAAGAAUUGUUCAAGGCAUCCAAAAGCGAUGGCAGGUUCUUUGCGACCACAAAUGAUUGGAGUGGAAUCGGUGACUUUGAAGGAGCGAAAACCCAUGCCGUCAAACUUGGCGGCGUGGGUCGCCCCGACGCGGCAGCGGUGAACAAGAAGAUUGAGGCAUAUGUUCCCGUCAUCACUGCCUUGAUCGAGGCGGGUAAGCUGGUCCCGGCCGAAUAUGAAGACAUCGGCACCGGUUUUGAGGCCGCUAUCAAGGCAUAUGAGCACCAGCGCUCCGGGGCCGGGGGGUCGCGAAAAGUCGUGGUCAAAAUUCAAGAUGAGUGA